AUGCAUGAAAGGUUGAUUUUUAUAGAUAAUAACCUUGAUAGCACUGAAUUUGAGAAGAAAUGCUUCACACGAAUCACAUUGGAAACGAUUGAGCCCGAGCAGAAGUUCGAGCGUGAUGAAGAAAUGAUUAUCAAGUUUGAAGUUUUGAUGGAGAGAGUAUUCAAAUCAGACGAGGCGCAAGAACAAGAGCCGGUGAUGAAAUAUGGUGGACAUAUUGAAUACAGUAUAGAUAAUUACCGUUUUGAGAUUUGUGCCAGUACCGAAACUUUCAGAGGGAUUUAUUUUGUUGUUAAGAGGAAAUUAAACGGAAUUUUCAACGCAGUAUUUUCCGUCAAAUUGAAACCCAUUUCAUUAAAUGAAAGAGAUAUGGAUAUUAUGACUGAUCUAUAUGGAGAAUUCAAAUUGAAUUGUCAUUAUAGGACUUUAAUAACAAAUCUUGAAGACAAAAAUAGACAGUUGGAGAAAGAUUUUGAAGAGAGUGUGAAAAGUAAAGACAUAUUUUGGAAAACAAACGAGAAUAUUAGGAAUAAUGUAGAAGAGAUAUUUAUUCCCAUGAUCAAUCAACAAAGAAAGAUUAGAAGAUUAAAUGACAAAUUGGGGAUAAAACAGAAUCUCAAUUUUUCCAGCAUCCGAUCAGAGCAAAUUAUAAAUUACCAAGAACCGAAUAAGAGCAUUCAGUUCGAUUUGACGAAAAUUGAAGAUAUAUCGCCAAAGAAGAAUAAAGGAUUGAAAACUGACCUGACAAAGCAUCCGUCCAGUCCAACAAAAUGCAAGAAGAAUCGGAAUUUUAAAAAGGAACGGAAAUUGUCUAUCUCGACUCAGGAAGAAGAACUGACCGACAAGGAUAGCGAUAAUGACGAUCUUUUUCCAUCUUUACAUCUAUCUAAUAAUCAGGAUGGAUCACGACAGAGUUCACUGCAAAGGAUGGACAGUAUGAUGAAACUGAAUGAAGAAUUGGACAAAGAGGAGGAUAAGAAGGAACUUUUCCACUCAAAUAGUUCAUAUUCCGAAAGCACUUCAGAAAAACGAGUUGAUUCAGGAGUAGAGGAUGCAAAUGAAACUGCAUCAGAUACGGAAACAGAUGUUGAUGAAGAACCUAACAAACUUUCGAGUAGUUGA